AAAAAAAAACAAUAAAGUGUACGGCGAUGAAGGCGAGGAACGGCGUAGACGUGCCAUCGUGGCUCAGCGUAAGAAAAUCGUCGAGGAACAUAAUCUAAAAUAUAAAAAAGGUGAAGUUGAAUAUCAGGGACGUCUUAAUUCCAUGUCCGAUUAUACGGAUGAAGAAAGAACACGCAUGCAUGGUUUUCAAAUGACAUGAACAAAAUCAAAAAAAAAAAUAAGAAAACAAAAACAAAACUUUCGACGUGCGUGUCUGGACUGAUAAGAAAAAAUUUGAUAAUUUUCUAAGAAAUUUUUAGUUUAGUUUAGUUAAUUAAAGUAAAUUUUUUUUAUAAACAUAACGCGUUUAUGUUAAAAAGAAAUUUUCAUUUUUAUGUUUGUUAAAAAAAAAAAAACUAAAAAACACAUGCAGUAUAUUGUAAUAAUGAUGUUAAAUGUAAACAAUAAUAAAGAUUACUACAAAUUUAACAUAAA